AUCCUCUCCCCGCCCGUCUACUCUAGCAGAAAACAGUGAUAAUGGGCGCCGCGUCUCUCCUCACCCUCCUCCUCACCCACCCCUUCGAGUUCCGCACUCUCCUCCAGUACAAGCUCUGGCACGAGCCAAAGCGCGACAUCACAGAGCCCUCGGAAUUCGCUACGUCGGGAUGGGACCGCCCCUCCAUGCGGAGAUGCUGGGAGUUUCUCGACGAGACCAGCAGAAGCUUCUCUGGCGUCAUCAAGGAGCUUGAAGGCGACUUGGCGAGAGUGGUGUGCUUAUUCUACCUCGUUCUCCGAGGUCUAGACACGAUUGAAGAUGACAUGACGCUCUCUGACGAGAAGAAGCAACCCAUCCUUCGGCAAUUCCACAAACUCGCCGUGACACCGGGAUGGACCUUCACGGAAUGCGGCCCCAACGAAAAGGACCGACAAGUCCUUGUAGAAUGGACAGUCGUGAGCGAAGAGCUUAAUAGGCUAGACCCUCGGUAUCUCGACAUCAUUAUCGACAUCACCGAGAAAAUGCAAACCGGCAUGGCAGACUAUGCACACAGGGCCGCGACAACGGACAAGCUGUACGUCGAGACCAUCGACGAGUAUAACCUGUACUGCCAUUACGUCGCCGGGCUCGUUGGCGAGGGCGUCACGCGCCUCUGGUCCGCGUCGGGCAAGGAGGCAGACUGGCUCGGGGACCAGCUCGAGCUCUCGAACGCGAUGGGCACCAUGCUCCAGAAGACGAACAUCAUCCGCGACUUCCGCGAGGACGCAGAGGAGCGCCGCUUCUUUUGGCCGCGCGAGAUCUGGGGGCGCGAGGUGUACGGCAAGGCCGCGGGCGGGCGGCCCGCCAUCACCGAGCUGCCGCAGCUGUACGAGCCGGGGAACGAGAAGCAGGCGCUGUGGGUGCAGAGCGGGAUGAUCGUCGACGUGCUCUGCCACGCGUGUGACUCGCUCGACUACCUCCGGCUGCUCACGAAACAGAGCGUGUUCUGCUUCUGCGCAAUCCCGCAGACGAUGGCGAUGGCGACGCUCUCGCUAUGCUUCAUGAACUACGACAUGUUCCAACGGAAUAUCAAGAUCCGCAAGGCUGAGGCAGCAUCUCUGAUCAUGAAGUCAACAAACCCUCGCGACGUCGCGUUUAUCUUCCGCGAUUACUCCCGGCGCAUGCACGCCCGCGCCUCCCCCGAAGACCCCAACUUCAUCAAACUCUCUGUAGCCUGCGGCAAGAUCGAGCAGUGGUGCGAACGGCACUACCCCUCGUUCGUGCGCCUCGACACCGUCGGAGGCCAACCGCGACUGAACCAGUGGGACGCGCGCACGAAGGUCGUCGAGGCGGGCCAGGUGCGCGACCGCGAGCUCGCGCGCGAGAAGCGGAUACAGGAGCUCCGCGAGAAGCAGCCGGGUGCACUCACCGCGGACCGCGCCGCGCCUGCCCAGUCGAACGAGGUCAUCUUCUACGUUGCGUCCGCCUUCGCGAUCGUGCUCUUCGUCGGCCUCGGCUCCGCGUACCUCAUCCUGCAGUACUUUGGGCCCGCGUAGUCGUUGGGGUCUUUUGGACUUGGACUGAAAGGGACUCAGUCGUACGUGAUGCGGCGCUUGACGGGACGUGACGCCCGUUUUGCUUUUUCUUGCUUUCGUCUGCUCGAUACCCGUGAAAAUACAGCUUAUAUAGUGCAACUCACGAUCUUUUACGAUCUGGAUGAUAUUUAGCAGCGAGGCAAUGCAAGAUCGAUGGUGCUGGGAAGAACGGUCAUUGGAUGUCGCAUGCGAUGCUAAAUUGCCUUCCAGUGUCAAAUGGGCUAAUUUGUUCACAACACCUCCAGUUUCCCCAAUCCCUGAGGUAUUGUGCACCCCGUGUUCGUCGCACCAAUGGCAUAUCGGACAGUCGCAAGCCAUACGUGCGCAGUAGCUUCCGUGUCGCAGAAAUGCUUCCGUGUUGUGUUCCAAUUGCGCUCGCAUCGCCUCGCGCUUCUGUCCGCCGGUGGCCUGUACAUACCGGCUUCUCUCGAAGUAUUCGAAGCUACACCGCAGAACCACAUCCAGUGCUCCAUUGACUGACUCCGGAAAGUAUAUGAAGCUCCAAGGGUCGAACACACUCAACAUACGUGCGGCCCCUAGGCCAGUCCCCAUAUGUCAGUGUGACUACUUCUAACGCCUUUAUAACUUGUACGUGCUCUCCUUCCCAUCGAUAAGCUUGUCGGCUGACUGGGACAACGGUUGUUAGGCGACCAAUGUGGCUUCUCAACACAA